CAGUUUGCUGAAUAUAUCAACUCCUACGGGCCCAUCAUCUUGCUUCGGGUCGGGCAUAGCAAAGUCAAGGUCAUCACUGGCAGACAUCAGGUAAGACAGAAUCGAAGAGGUGGUCUGCCAGCGAACCGCCCUCGCAUGGUUGCAGCAGGAGAAAUCUUGUCUUGUGGGCUGCGCAUAACCCUUGCACUCACAGGAGAGCAUUUCUGGAGACUUGGCAAGUUGGCAGUGCACACUCAUUUUUGGGGGAAGGUUGUAGACUCAUAUGCGCCGAUCCAGACGGACACCACCCGUGAUGUCAUCCUUGACAUCCUUGAAAAUCAUCAAGGACAUCAAGCAGCUGCAAAUCGAUAUGCCGCCUCUGUCAUCCUGCGGGUCACAUAUAGAAAGUCCACCCCCACCACC